UCCCCGCUUCAGAGAGGAGGAGUUCAGUCAACUGUAACAACAGCUUAUAAACACAUGUGGACUUGGCAUUGAGGUGCUGAGCCAAGUGGGAGACAGACUUCCAUAAGGUUUAGAGAAACCAGGAGACUGCCAUCAUGGCGGGGAAACCCAAGCUUCACUACUUCAAUGGACGGGGCAGAAUGGAGGCCAUCCGGUGGAUCCUGGCUGCAGCUGGAGUAGAGUUUGAAGAGAUAUUUAUAAAAACUCCAGAAGACUUGGAUAAGUUAAGAAAUGAAGGGAGUUUGAUGUUCCAGCAAGUGCCCAUGGUUGAAAUUGAUGGGAUGAAGCUGGUGCAGACCAGAGCCAUUCUCAACUACAUUGCCACCAAAUACAACCUCUAUGGGAAAGACAUGAAAGAGAGAGCCCUGAUUGAUAUGUAUACAGAGGGUGUGGUAGAUCUGGGUGAAAUGAUCAUGCAUUUGCCACUGUGCCCACCUGAUCAAAAAGAUGCCAAGAUGACCCAGAUCAAAGAGAGUGUAACAAACCGUUAUCUUCCUGCGUUUGAAAAAGUGUUGAAGGGCCAUGGACAAGACUAUCUUGUGGGCAGCAAGCUGAGCAAGGCUGACAUCCACCUGGUUGAACUUCUCUACUAUGUGGAAGAGCUGGACCCCAGCCUUUUGGCCAACUUCCCUCUGCUGAAGGCCCUGAGAACCAGAGUCAGCAAUCUCCCUGCCGUGAAGAAGUUUUUGCAGCCUGGCAGCCCGAGGAAGCCUCCCAUGGAUGAGAAAAAUUUGGAAGAAGCAAAGAAGAUUUUCAGGAUGUAAUAAUGCGGGCAUGGCUGCCCAGAACUUCAGGAGAUUGAAGUUUUCCAACAGUGAAGUGCUUUACCUGCAUGUAGAUCCUGGCUACUGGGAAGCUAAUAAAUUUUCCAAAGUGUAAGGGCUAAUUUAAUUAGAAUGCAGAUUUAGUUGCAGAACAAUCCAUUUUGUUUUGAACACAUACGAAAUCAUGAUCUCCUCCUAGAAUGUGCCUGGGACUUAAACAUAAAUAAAGGGAGAGAAAGUGU